GCGAAGAUGGCGGCCGUACAGGCGAGGGUGUUAUUGCCAGUGGACAUAACCAGGACAUUUUUUUAUUGACAAUUCCAAACUGAGUCAGUCAGUCCACCCGCGUUUAGUCACCCCCUCGACGUCUUUUGUGAGGGUUUUUUUUUUUUUUUUUUUGGAUACAUUUUUUACGCUCCCCCCCACACACAACAUGUUUAGUGACUAGCUGGCUAACGGAGAGCAAGCAGUCUACUAGCUAGCUCGCUAGCUCGCCGCCGUCAAGAGGAGGAUGGGAGAAAAGCUGGAGCUCAAACUCAAAUCGCCGGUCGGAGCGGAACCCGCCGGCUACCCGUGGCCCUUGCCGGUUUACGAUAAACACCAUGAUGCUGCUCAAGAAAUCAUCGAGACCAUUCGGUGGGUGUGCGAAGAGAUUCCAGACCUCAAACUGGCAAUGGAAAACUAUGUACUCAUCGACUACGACACCAAGUGUUUUGAGAGUAUGCAGAGACUGUGUGACAAAUACAACAGGGCGAUUGACAGCAUUCACCAGCUGUGGAAAGGGACCACUCAGCCCAUGAAGCUGAACAAGCGACCUUCCAACGGGCUGUUGAGACACAUCCUCCAGCAGGUAUACAACCAUUCGGUGACCGACCCGGAGAAGCUAAACAACUAUGAGCCCUUCUCCCCGGAGGUGUACGGGGAGACGUCUUUCGACCUGGUGGCUCAAAUCAUCGGUGAGAUGGAGAUGAUGGAGGAUGACACCUUUGUUGAUCUUGGCAGCGGCGUGGGCCAGGUGGUGCUGCAGGUUGCCGCAGCGACCAACUGUAAACACUACUAUGGCGUGGAAAAGGCAGAUAUUCCAGCAACCUAUGCAGAGACCAUGGACAAAGAGUUUAAAAAGUGGAUGAAAUGGUACGGGAAGAAACACGGGGAAUACACACUGGAGAGGGGAGAUUUUCUGUCUGAAGAAUGGAAAGAACGAAUUGCCAACACAAGUAUUAUUUUCGUGAAUAACUUUGCCUUCGGGCCCGAGGUGGAUCACCAGCUGAAGGAACGUUUUGCAAACAUGAAGGAAGGUGGAAAAAUUGUAUCCUCCAAACCAUUUGCACCCUUGAAUUUUCGAAUAAACAGCCGAAAUUUGAGUGAUAUAGGCACAAUAAUGCGUGUGGUGGAGCUCUCGCCACUGAGGGGCUCUGUGUCCUGGACUGGAAAGCCUGUUUCCUACUAUUUGCAUACCAUAGACCGCACCAUACUUGAAAACUACUUUGCAAGUCUCAAAAAUCCUAAACUCAGGGAAGAGCAAGAGGUAGCUAGGCGACGUCAGCAGAAAGAUACAAAGGACAGUAAAAGCAAUAGUACCACGCCCACCAAAACUAAGGAACAAAACAAGCAGGACUCUGGUGGGGAGGAGGAGCAGCCUCCUUUGGUGACAGUGGUUAAGGCUGCCGCCAAACCCCGCCGAGCAAAGCUCAUGUCCAAAGGUCGGAAGCUGAACAACAACAGCAACAACAAGAAGAGAGGUCGACCCAAGAAGGCAGCACCGGCUGUUGACAAAAACAAGAAGAACCAGAGCGCGUUGGAUUUGCUGCAUGCCAAGACCCUUUCUGCAGCACCCCCUCAGGAUGCAUACCUGCAACCACGGAGCCCCUUUUAUCAACUACCUCCUAAAGUUCAGCACUAUCCAGCCAAUCAACUGUUGCUGAGCCCAACUCCUCCUGGUCUGCAAAAUCUGCUCGAUAACUUUAAAGUUCAAUACCUCCAGUUUAUGGCCUACAUGAAGACUCCGCAGUACUGCUCCAACCUGCAGCAGCUUUUAGAGCAGGAGAAGCAAAAACACAGGGAUUUGUCUGGACAGGCAGAGCAGCUCCAUUCCAUCUGCCAGGCUCACAAGGACAAAAUCAAAGGUCUCUUUCAGACCAAACUCGAUGAGCUGGGAGUGAAAGCUCUCACUGUGGAGGACCUGCUGCAGGCUCAGAAGGAGAUAUCAGCUCAUAACCAUCAGCUGAAAGAGCAGACAAAACAGCUCGAGAGAGACAUGGCUUUACUGAAAGACCACAGCCUGCUACUGCUGAAGUCUCGAUGUGAGGAACUGAAGCUAGAUUGGGGCUCAUUGUGUCUGGAAAAUCUACUAAAGGAGAAGCAGGCCCUGCGGAGACAAAUCUCUGAGAAGCAGAGGCACUGCUUAGAGUUGCAGAUCAGCAUUGUAGAGCUGGAAAAAAGUCAAAGGCAGCAGGAGCUUCUUCAGCUCAAAUCUUACAGCCCUCGUGAGGAUUCACCUUAUAGAAAGAACCCAGAUGCCUGCUCCUCCGCAGACAUGGACACCUCCAAGUUUGCCCUGUCUUCUGCCCAAGCUUUUAAUGGCAUCAGCCCAGAACGACCCAUCAACGGCACCAGCUCGCCUUCUUUUGAGCGGCCAAGCACUAAGACUGAGAUUCUUUCACGCUAUCUCCCCAUCUCUCCCGACCACGACAUGGUGUCUGCCAUGCCUGAAGCUCGGCAGAGACUGCAGAUCUCCCACGCUCUUCCUGAUUACACACGCUUCUCCCCAGCCAAAAUUGCCUUGCGCAGGCAUCUGAACCAGGAGCCCACGGCCUCUGGCCACCUGAGAGGCCUCGGGCUGCCCACACACAGGAUGGAAAUGGGUGGCAUGAACUCCCCUCUUGGAGCCAAGCAGAGCAGCCUGUCUCCUAAUGCAUCUGAUACACAGAGGAACACUGAGAGGGGUGGAAAGGAGAAGAGUCCAUCUGUUCAGGGAGAAAGCAGCAUCAAAAGCCUUCCAAUAAGUAUUCCUCUGAGCACUGUCCACCCAAGCAAACUUCCAGUCAGCAUUCCACUGGCCAGUGUUGUGUUGCCUAGUCGGGCUGAGAGGCUGAGAAGUACUCCAAGUCCUGUGUCUCAGGCCUGUCAAACCAAUGGAUAUUCAUCUUGCUCAGGGCUCAUGAAUGGAGGUCUACACCCAGAGGAUCAAAAUGGUGCUUCUUCAUCGCCUCCAAACACAAACACACCUCUGGCAGGACCGUUGAGCAGAGGAGGUCCCAUUCAAAGCCCCCCAAUCAGCACUGGGGGUGUUCUUCAUUAUGCAGACGGACCUCCUAGGAUGCUUCCGGAAGAUGGCGGCGAAGAAUGCCAAGAAGCAGACUCUGACACGGAACCACAGGACAAUGAACUACGGAGGAGAAUCUUUUUCUCCUCAUCCUCGUCGUCGUCCUCCUCUUCCUCGUCAUCAGGCAGCGGAGGCAGCGUGGCCGGAGGAUCACGCCUCCACCAUCACGCCGGCAGCUCAGCCAAGCAGGGAUACCACAGUAACCACGGCAACCACAACCACCAGUCCCCCGGCACACAGCACAGUCACACACCGGCGCACGUGUCGUCAUCACACUCCGCUCACUGCCUCGCUUCUCAAGAGGGACGUAAGCGGGGGAGGCGGAAGCGCGGCUCCACAGCGGCCAUGGCAACCAGCGGCUCACCUAAGAGGAGAUCAUUCCCUGGGAUCAACGCCAACAACCACUCCUCUGGGUCACCACUCAACAUCACUUCCAUGGUGAGCAACAUAAACCAACCUCUGGAGAUCUCUGCCAUCUCGUCGCCAGAGCAAUCAAGCCGCAGCCCGGCCAGGACUGAAAUUGGCCAACCUCCUGUCCUGAAGAGAGAGCGCCCUGUGGAGGUGAAUGGUACAGGUCACUACUCCUCCGCCCCCAGCUCUGAUGAUGAUGACUCAGGAUACCCUGCUGACGGCUCCAGCUCACGAAUUGAAAGAAAAAUUGCUACAAUUUCCUUGGAAAGCAGAGAUGGACACAAUAGAAUAGGGGAAAAUGAAAGAGGCAGGAAGUCUGGAAACAGCAGUGGUAACAGCACAGGUAGUGAGGCCUCCUCCUCCUCAUCCUUGUCCUCUACAAGCAAAUGGAAGUCAACCUUUUCACCCAUUUCUGACCCCAAGCAAUCCAACUCAGACCUUAGACAAGGAGGAUCUCCGUUUGGAAUGGGAGGUUCAAACCGGGACUUAGACUCUGAUUACAAACAACACCAUCAGCAGCCAAGGAAGUGUAGCGAUGGAGAGCUAUCCAACUACCCCAACCCUUUCCUGAGUCAAGAAACUGGAAACCGCAGUGGUGCUAGCGGCGGAACCCAGGGCGGAAGCAUUUCUGAGCCACGCCAGGCUCUACAGAAACCGAAGGCCCCUCGCGAUUGGGAGCUAAAGACCAGCGGUGGCCACUCCAGCCAGAACCUCUUCAUGUCUGCUGCCGCCAGCAAUGGAGGGGGCAUUCUUAGUGGGAAAGUUGGGGCCAGCGCUGUCACAGUUUCCUCGACAGGAUCCUCUGUUGGUCAGUACCUAGGUUCACAGUUUCCACUGGGAGGGACCUCGGUCCUACAGUCACUGUUCGGCGCCCAAACAGGAAGCUCCAAUGCAGGCGGGAACACACGACUGGUCAACGGACAUUCUGGCCUUGGGAGUUUCUCUACCGCUGGGCUGGCAGGUGGAGCAGCAGGAGGUAUCUUUCAUCAUGCGGUUCCCUCGGUGUCCUCCCAUCAGUUUGGGGCGUCGUUGCCCACCUCAGGAGGCCUCAGCUCUCUGCUCAGUCUCUCCUCCUCCCAACAAACCACCCCCCAGCCCGCCUCAAUGCGCCUGGCCUCCGCAUCCUCACCUCUCCCCUCAUCCUCCUCCUCCACGUCACAGGCCCAGCAUAGCCGCACCCAGUCGGUGCUGCACAGCCCCUCUACUCCCACGCUCUUGCUGCCCCCGCCGCCACCCCUGCACAGUGCUCCCUUGCACGCCGAAUCCCCACCACCCUCUCGGUCUGACUCCCUCCACUCCGUCCGUCUCUCCCACUCUUCUCUCCAUCACCAGAGGGCGCAUUCGUCCCUCACUCUUACCAUCUCCUCUUUCACCCCGUCCUCCUCUGCUGCUCUCUCUGCUACUGCUUCCUCCUCUUCAUCCUCUUCCUCCUCGUCUCGUCCAUUCGCAGUACAUUACUCCCCCCGCCUUCCACCGACGCCACCCAGUAGCUCAGGUGGUGGCGUCAGCAGCAUGCGAAGGACUCAGGGCAUGCAUGGCGCCUACAGCACCUCCUCUUCACUCCCUGGCUCUCGACCGAGAUAGGUUUUGGGGGGAGGGAACGGGGGGGGCGGUGUAGAGGGAAAUCAGAGAGGAGAGAGACAUGUUGAGUUUGUUGUUCUAAACGAACAAGGUAAUUGCUGAAAACUACCUCAACAGGAAAUAAACUAUGCAAAUAUCCAGGUGUUGGACCAAGGCACUCUGCUCCUCACUCACUGGUGCUUUAAUUACAUCUGCACUACAGGACCGGCUUCUGUACUGGGACACACGCACAAACACACAGAUGUGAUCACCAAGAGCAGAAUCAACGGAACCGGUCAUGUUUUGAAUUGCAAAGUGUUAUAUUUCUUUUCACAUUGUUUCCUUCACAAACAUGGUUUAAAGCUGCGGUUAAACUCUAGUAACAAUCAAUGAGUGUUAACAUCAAGCUGCUAAGUUCUAUCUCUCCCUCAUGUGCAAAUGAUUAAAUCAACAAGCACACUACUUCCUGUCAUGGAGGUGCAACUUCCUGUUUGACCUAUUCAUUGAGCUCUGCUCUUCAGACAGCUGUGUCUAUUUGAGGUGUGUGUGAUUUUUGUUGUGAUGAUUCCAAACAUCUGACUGAUGAACAAGAUGAGGAAACGAUUUAGAUCUGCUUUCACACUGGAUUGCAACAUAGUUACUUUUGUAGCAUAAAAGGAUUGUCUGCUUGUGCAAACCACUUAGAUAUUUUCACUUAAUUAGGUCCCACCUAAAAAAAAUCUAUCUAUCUAACUGAUCAAUAAUUGAGCUAUAAUUUGUUGACUAUCAAAGCGAUUGAUGUCCUAUCAUUGACAUAUCAGAGAGUGUUACUGAUGUUAGGUAAUAAGACAUAUUUGAGGUGUAAAAGCGUGCUUACUCCUAACAAAUAAGUGUUUAUUUUCGCCUAGUUAAAAAAAAAGAGUUAAAUCCAUGAACUGUUGAUUACUCUGCUAAGAAAUGGUGCUCUGUGUUCAUUUUCUCUGGCAGGUGAUGCAAUGCUGCCAAGUUAAGUGAAGUUGAAUCCAGGUAGUUCAUAUAAUAAUAAUAAUAAUAUCUGAAGCUUGGUUUUUUUGUAUUUAUUAGUCCUGUUGUCAAUUUUUCUAAGUGUGACGGAAACCUUUUCAAAGCAGGACAUUUUUAACCUCUUCUUAAGAUGAACUUUGUAUAUUUAUUUGUGCUGCUGGGUGCUAAGAGCAUGAUUUAGGACGCUAAAUAUACAUCUUCACACACUGGUAAAACUUAUUUUUUUCCCAUCACAACAAAUUACUGGACUACUUCACACCUCCUCCUGGUUUGCUUUUGAUUGUCCUUUUUUGUGUUUGUACUGUGAAUAUGAUUCUCUUGACUGUACAGUUGUAUUAGAUUUAUAUAUUUAUGUCCCUCAUUCGCCUUUUUUGUUCUGUUUAUCUGGAAAUGUGUUGACGUUGUAGAAUGCAAUAGUGUGUCGCUCACUGUCAGAAAACAAUGGUGCUAAAUUGGACAGUGCCUGGUUUUUAUUUAUUCCUACAUUUGAAAAAAAAAACACAACUGAAAAAUACAAAAGAAAUGAGAUGGGGACAUUUUGUAAAGACCCCCUUUUUGGUUUUUAUUUCUCCUGUUUCACACGUAUGGAAAAAAAAAUUGGGAGUGAAACUAACACACUGUUUUGUACAAAGGCUUUCUCUCCAGCGCCAACACAAAGCUAUAUUUAAUGUUAUAAAAUAUACUGUCUAAAUAUAUAUAAAUAUAUAUUAUAUGAGGGGAAUCUCUAGGUGCUGCAUUUGGACUCCCACAUUGGGUCUUUAAUGCCACUGUAUGACCUUAACCAACGUUGCGCAUCCUGUGAUGCGCACAAAUAAGGUGCUUUGUGGGGCGAACACAACUUCCUGUCUUUAUCUUUUCUUUUCUUAUACCUAUUUAGGAAUUCUGCAGGAAAAAUGGUGCUUCUGUUUUUGAUGGUGCAAACAAAGCUAUGUGUUUUACAGAUGAGGCCCCCCUCCUUGUUUCUUUUUUUCAUAUAUAUAUAUAUAUUGUGGGUAUUGCAAGAGCCGCACUAAAUGUAAAACACUUGUUUGUAUGUGAGCCUGUCCAUGUGUAACUCUUAUUUCUAUGUUUUGAAGACACAAUUAGAGACUGUAGUCUAUUUAAACCGGGAUUGACUCUUUUUUUUUUUUUUUUAAAUCAUUUGUGUUUCCAUCACAUGCCUGCCUUUUGUUUUUUGUCUCACUGCUUUCUGUCCUCUUUGUAGAAACUUGAUGCUCUACUUCACUUAAAACGAGGAAAAAUGGCAGCUAAUUCUUCUGCAGUUGUGCAGUCGGGUGUUUUCUUCCGUCAGUAAACCGUCAACGUGGGCAGCUUUCUGGAUGCAGCUGUGGUGUAUGUGCAAGUGAGAGCCUCGUUUUUUUUUUUACCUGUUUUAAUAUACAGUAAUUCUACAUGAUGUAAAUACUGCAUUGAUGUAGCUUAAGGGCUGUGGACUCUGGAAUGUAGUCUUAACGUAUUGAUUGUAGCCUCAAGGUCUAGGGCUGCAUAAGUGCCACCGGCACUGGGGAGCUGCGGUUUAUCGAGGCGAAAAUUAAUUCCAACUCUCAGAAGAAAAUGAUUGAUCAUCCUAAAAGGGCUGUUUGCAGCGUCCUCACAGUUGCACUUUUCAAAGCAACAAGUAUAACAAAAACACCAUUGAUUAGCUUAUGUUAGCGUUAUCGGUUUAACAGAACACCAUUGUUUUAAAACUGUAUUUUUUUUCCCAAUUACUAAGUUUAUGUAAUCAUUUUUGCUUGGCCUAAAAAAGUUAUUGGUGUUUAUGGCGGUCACUCACCCUGUCUCGUCAACAUGUACAUGCAAUUUGCAGUCAUGUUGUUAUGAUAGAAUAUACAUUCAAUGACAGCUAACACUAACUAUCCAAAUCACUAUUAGCUAACAACACCCUAAGCUAAUACGCAUGCACGAGUUACUUACGAACGUAGUUACAUCAUUACGUCCUAAAAGCCGUAAAAGGGCGGGAUGUAACGCUUAAAAUACUUUGGAAAGUUAGCGCCCUCUAGGUAUCUGUGUAAAUGUUGCAAUAUAAGGAGUCCAAACAAACCUAAGACAAGUAAAUAUUGGCAAUAGCGUCAUGGUCUGGGGCUGCACGAGUGCUGUCAGCACUGGGAAACUGGUUCAUUUGAGGCACAAAUAAAAUCCAACAUUCUAAACAGAAUAAUUGAUCCCCUAAACACACCUCUAAGACAACUAAAUAGCGAUAGUAGCGUCAUGGUCUAGAGUUGCACGAGUGCUACUGGCAGUGAGUGGAGAGCUGCGGUUUGAUUGUGGCAAAAUUCCAUCAUUCUGAACAUAAAGAUCGAUCCCUCUAAACACACCUCUAAGACAACUAAAUAGUGAUAGUAGCGUCAUGGUUCAGGGCUGCAUGAGUGCUUCCAGCCCUGGAGAGCUGCAGUUUGUUAAGGCUUAAAUUAACUGCCAACAUUCUGAAGAAACAAAAUAUUGAUCCCAUUAAUGGCAAUUUUCCAAUAGAAGGAGUCCAAACACACCUCCAAGACAACUAAAUUGAGUUAGUAGCGUCAUGGUCUAGGGCUGCAGGACUGCUGCCAGCACUGGGGAACUGUGGUUUAUCUGAGUCGAAAAUUAAAUCCAACAUUCUGAAGGACAGAAUUAUUGAUCCCCUAAACACACCUCUAAGACGACUAAAUAGUGGUAGUAGCAGUGUGGUCUAGAGUUGCACGAGUGCUACCGGCAGUGGAGAGCUGCGGUUUAAUUGAGGCAAAAUUCCAUCAUUCUGAAGAACAUAAAGAUCGAUCCCUCUAAACACACCUCUAAGACAACUAAAUAGUGAUGGUAGCGUCAUGGUUCAGGGCUGCAUGAGUGCUUCUAGCCCUGGAGAGCUGCAGUUUAAGGCAAAAAUUAACUGCCAACAUUCUGAAGAAAAAAAAUAUUGAUCCCAUUAAUGGCAGUUUUCCAAUACAAUGAGUCCAACUGUUAAAUGGAGGUGAAAAGACAACGUUUAUUCUGGUUCACAACUUUUAAUUCAUUACUGCACAGAGGAAAAACCGGAAACACUCAAUCCCCACUUCCCGCCCACAAACACUGCGCAUGCGUUAACCCAGUAUAUGGAGAAACAUGUUAACAAUCUCCCUAUCUUUUAUAAAUAAAAAAAAUAAAUAGCACAUGUUUCUUGAGAACAAAUACAUGUCUUUUUAAACAACAGAAACAAUAAAAUCAACUUAGGUAAGCACCCAUUUCCCUUCACUCAAUGCUUUCAAAAGCAUCAAAGGUGAUGCCCCCUUUUUCGUAAGACAGUCAGCCAGUUGAGCUUUUGUUGCUGACUAAAGCACUUUCUGUGUCUUUGAUACCACAUAUAUAUCUAACCGAAACCUUUUCUCUGUGACCUGUUUUGUUGAUGGAAGAGCAUCAUAGAGGGAAUGAUUAUCAGUCACACAAACUAACGCUGGAGCAUUUAGACCAGUGGUGCCAGUAGUGAGCUUAGAAUAAAGGGUGGCAAGAAACACAGUGUUGUCUAAUCCAUCCGACAUGGCAAGAGUCUCUCCAGCAAGGGUGCUUCGCACCAUUCGUCGAAUCCUCUUGGACUGCCAGUAAAAGGGGGGAGAAUAUACCUCCUUUUCCCAUUAGUGUGAUCAACAUGCCCCCUUGUGUACCUCCAUCAGGAAGAUUUCCUAAUGAAGCAUCGCUGAAUACAGUCAGGUUUAAAGCAGCUGGCUUUGGCUUUGUCUUGCUAUAUCUUUGGCACGUGUCACAUGCUUCCGCUAUUUGUUGCAAAAUAGUGAGACAGUCCCUGUCUUUGUUCCCUGAACUUUGAAUUCGCUUAUGCAGGCGAUCUGCUGAUGCAUGGCCAAAUUGUUUGUGAAGUUUGAGGAGGACCUUGUUCUUCUCGAUUGUGGACAUAGUUUCUGUUACCAUCAGGACUUCAUCUUCAGCAAAUAAAUCUUGAAUCCGACAUUCCAUGUCAUCAUUGUCUCUUAUGUCAACACAGUAGUGUCCUGAGCUGGUAAACUGAAGAGGUAUCUGCUGCUUAAACAUCACUGCCCUGUCGUUUUCCAUGUCUAACGUAGUUCCUGCCUUUUUUAAUGAUUUAAUGAUAUUCCACUCAGCAGGAGUGGAAUAUUGACUUUGACAACUUCUGUCUCAAUGUUACACUUUGUCCAUCCUAUUUUAGCAGGUAGAUGCACUUUUCUGGUGGAAUGAAUCACAUUUCCAUCUCCAAAACCAAACUGUCUGUUGCUAGACCUUUCUGUACUUCUGAGCUUAUUUACCUGCUUUUCAUUGAGAUUAUCUACAUAACUUUCAAGCCACUUUUCUCCACGUACCGUGCGAGUACAGGCGGUGUCUAUGAUUGCCGAGCCUGCAGCUUCAGUCAUAAAAAUCUCAGCUUUAGACUGGAGAUCAUUUGUUAACAGUGUGAUAUUGACUUCAUCCAAAUUGUCAUUUUCAGUCAAUCUUACUUGUUUGUGCUUUUUGUGCGGGCAGUCCUUUGCCCAGUGGCAUGUGCUUUGACACACGGCACAUCGUGAUCGUUUACCGUACAUAUCCAGUGGGUUUGUACCCGGUAACGGUGUCACAGAUCUUUGUUGUCCACGUUGAAACGGUGUGUUCCGUCUUCCUCUUCAUUGUGGCUGUUCUGUGAGGAAAGCUGCGUCCUGGUUUAGUUGUAUCUCGCUUGACGAGCCUGUUGUUUUACCUCCGAAUAUCCGUUUGAGAGCUGACUUAAUUGACGAGAAGCUUAGCGCCGUGUUAGCCGUCAGUGCUAGCUGCCUGUCUUUCUCAUCGAGGCAGGCUGUGUCAAGAAGUUUAAAGGCUAACGCCGCAUCAGGGAGUGUCAUAUUGUACCAUUUCAUCCGGUUGUAGCGCUGUUCAAAGUCAAUAAUAUAGUCCCCCAUUGAAACUGAACUAUUUUUGGUGAUGCGAUCGAAGUACGUGUGCGCUUUGUAUGCGCGAUCCUUUUCCUCUUUCAGGAAAACGUCAUCCAGUUUUGCAACUAAUGCCGUCAUACCGUUGUCAUUGUCCAACUCCUCCGCAGAUAUCUCCAUUGCGAUUUCUCUGGCUCUUCCUUCAAGUCCCAAACCCACAGCCAGUGCUUGCUUUUUCGAGUUCUGUAACCCGCGUCCAAAUGUUAACUUCAUUAUUCCAGCACUCGUAUGGCCUGGACUCGUCAAACCUCUGCGGUAUUUUAUAGUUUGCAGCCAUCCUCUGCUACCGAUGUUAAAUGGAGGAGAAUAAACACAACGUUUAUUCUGGUUCACAACUUUUAAUGAACUGCUGCACAGAGGAACAACCGGAAACACUCAAUACCCACUUCCUGCCCACAAACACUGCGCAUGCGUUAACCCAGUAUAUGGAGAAACAUGUUAACACAACCACACCUCCAAGACAACUAAAUAGAGGUAGUAGCGUCAUAGUCCAGGACUGCUGCCUGCACUGGUUUAUUUUAAGUGAACAUUAUUUCCGAAAUUCUGAAGAAGAAAAUGACUGAUAUCCUAAACACAGCUCUAAGACAACUAAAUAGUGAUAGUGGCGUCAUGGGCUAUGGCUGCACGAGUGCUAUCGUCACCGGUAAGCUGCGUAUUGAGACGAAAAUUAAUUCCAAAAUUCUGAAGAAAAUGAUUGAUCCCCUUCGUAGCAGUUUUCCAACAUGACAUGUCCAAACACACUUUUAAGACAACUUAGCGCUGGCAGUAUCGUAAUGGUCUGGGGGUUGCACGAGUGCCACCGGCACUGGAGAGCUGCAGUUUAUUAAAGUGAAAAUUAAUUCCAACAUUCUGAAGAAGAACACAAUUGAUCCCCUUCAUGGCAGUUCUCCAACAAAAGUCCAAACACACCUUUACGACAGCAAAAUAGGGAUGGUAGCAUCAUGGUCAGGGGCUGCUGCACAAGUGCUACCGGCACUGGGGGGGGCUGUGGCUCACACAAGAAAAGAUGAAGAGCACGAUCCCUUCCUGGGUAGUUUUCCAAUAUAUGGUCCUCAAACUCAACUCAAGAUGACCAAACAGUGAUGGCGGGUCUUGCGUAAGAGGUUCAUUGAGCAAAACAUGAGAUGGCAAUGGUGCUCAUACAAGAUAUUGACAGUAUCUACACAAUUUUCACUGUGAUGCGUACUCCGCUCUGGUCUAUUUAGCCAAUAAUAAGUGUUGAUUCAUUGUCAGGAUAUAUGAAUAUAUACUCCUUUCAAAGAUGUCCGCAGUGUGACUCAAGUGUGGGCAACUCUGUUAACGAUAAGCCUUGGGGUCAAAGGGGAAAAUUCAGAAUCUUGCUUAAAGUUUCCGGCCGCCAUUUGGCCACCUUGGUUCUCACUGACACAUUCAUCCAGCACUGGAGCUCGAGAAAGCUCCAUGAGUUCGUUCUCCCACUCUCAGCAGACAUGAUGAUGAUGAUGAUGAUGAGGCGCUUGUGAUGGAACAUGUGUUUACCGUGUGUGUGGUGUUGGUGCUUUUUAUCCUGAGAUGUAAUCAUAGUGAGAAAUGGAAUUAAUGUUGCUUUUUCUCGCCCAUAUCCUCCCUGCAUUUUAUGGACAUCAAUAAAAUGUUUCAUAUGAUAUUUGAAUGUGCCGUGUGGAAUGCAUGCAGUGCACCGCGACCCUGUGUCUUCACCGAGGGGGGUUAAAGGUUACAACUUUCACUGAGUGCCGCUUCCUAUUGGCGUCACAGCAUAUGUGAACUGAGGUGAAAAGGUGCAUGUCUUUGGAGGUGGGAGGAAGCCGGAGUACCCGGACGGAACCCACGCAGUCACGGGGAGAACAUGUUAACUUCACACAGAAAGAUCCCGAGCCCGGGAUUGAACUCAGGACUACUCAGGACCUUCGUAUUGUGAGGCACAUGCUCUAUCCCCUGUGUCACCGUGCUGCCACAAAAAUAGCAGACAGUUUGUAUUUUUGUCAACUUGUAGCAAUGCUUGAUGUGUGUGUCUAAACUCAACUCACCUUUGUGUUUUUCUACUCUGUGCAGCACUGGAAUCCACAAUCCAACAGUAUCAAGGACACAGGAUCUUAUUUUGACUGUGUGCUCCAAGCCAGCACUGGAUGUGUGUGUGUGUGUGUGUGUGUGUGUGUGUGUGUGUGUGUGUGUGUGUGUGUGUGUGUGUGUGUGUGUGUGUGUGUGUGUGUGUGUGUGUGUGUGUGUG